AUGGAUGACGACCAGCCCGAGGCCAGCCAGCCCGAUAAUGGGCCUGACUGGUCGCCGACGAACCCUGAUGCCCAUCGCCGAGCUAUUCGCUGCAAUAGAGAGUCCCCUUGCUUCCAUUGCAUCACUUCCAGCAUUGCUUGUGUCUACGCUGCAGCCAAACCUCCAAAGAAACGCACGCGCGUUCUCAUCACUCCGCAAUAUGAAAGAAAGCUAGAUGUCAUCGACAACAGGCUUGAAAGAGCCAUUCACCUCCUAGAAAAUCUCCACACGCGUGGGACGCCCGAUGUACGCAGCCCGCAACAACCUCACCGUCCGCAAGUCCCGACCAAAACACCAUCCUCUGCCUCAACACCCGCCAGUGACUCAAUCCAGCCGCAGCGGGCACAUGGACAGGCAGUUGAGGGUGAUUCCUCUUUUGCUGCCCAUUCCGUGUUUGUUAAUGAAUUCCUACAAACGGUUGCCGAGACCACUUCCCUGCAAGAAUCCAGCCCAGAACUAUGCGAAGCUCUAGACGAGCUGUCCUGCAUCCUUAUACAGCAGGAUGCCACCACGGAUGAGGUGGCGUACCCUCAUUCCAGGCCUAUCCAGCGGCCGAACCUUCCAGGCUGUGAAAUGCCUCCUAUUAAGAAGGCCAUCGCUCUGAUACGCAUUGCUAAAACCCAGAAGCUCGUGGGAACCGGCUGGGUUUACGAGUUCCUUCCAUUUCAACGAUUCACAGACAUGUGCCUUGACGUUUACUUUAAUGAGGAUUAUUCAGAGGAGAACUUCAUCACUGUCAAUGCUGGCCUCAAUUCCCUAUUUUGGGACUACAGCUUCCACGUCUCUUCUGCCGAGGAGAAGGAGGAAUACAUGGCCUAUGCCUCCAUGUGUCGCGACAACCUCGAGACUGCCCUGUCAAAUCUGUCCCUACACCUUCCCGCCACCUCCGGCAUGAUUCUCGCCCUUCUCUUUGGGGCAUUUUAUGCUAUUGAGCUCUCGAAGCCUUCUCUUUCAUGGACCUUAUCAGCAAAGGCAUCAGAACUAUGCCAGACACUCGGCUAUCAUAGGCUUGCAUCGAUGCAGAAUGACAAGCCAGAGGACAUGCGAUACAAGCAGUUUCUGCUUUGGAGCGUCUACCUUGUCGAAAAGAGUCUAUCCCUUCGGCUGGGGCGGCCCUCAACAAUUCCCGACUGGGACAUCACGAUACCGCGGCCAUCAAUGAACGAUUCGCACUCUGAACCUGUCUCGGCUUACUUCGUCCUGUGGAUUGAAACUGCACGAUGCCAGGGCAAUAUAUACGAGAUGCUGUAUAGCCCCAAUUCCCUUACACAGUCCAGUCAGGCAAGGCAGUCUCGGGUUGAGACUUUGGUAUCUGAUCUGAACAGCUUGGAGACAGCGACCCGUCAAACGAACGAAAAAUGGCUCAAAGUGGCAAAGCAGAGAUCUGGUGAGGAUUUGAUGGACUUUUUUUACACUUCCGACAACGUCCUUCGGCUAUCACUCCUCACGCUCGUGUAUCGCGCGGCUCCUCACCUCCCUAGUUCUGCAACCACAUUCAGCUCCAGCUGCAUCACGGCUGCGAGAGCCACCCUCGAGAAGCACGAAGAGUGCAUGAAGAUUAUAGGCAGAAGCCAAACACCUUACCUUGCAACUCAUCUGCACUGGACACUUCUGUUCGCUCCAUUCAUCCCCUUUGUCGUCAUAUUCUGCCAUGUUAUCGAAACCGAAGCAGGAGAUGACCUUGGCCGCCUCCAAGCCUUUGUCACGUCAAUCCAAUCCGCCUCUUCUGCUUCCAGUCCUGCUGCCAAAAUGUAUCGCCUUGUCCAUGUGCUCUACAGAAUCGCGAAAGGCCAUGUCGAAUCCCGCGUCUCUGCAAUGCAAGCGAGUGGGGGGCAGGACGACUCGAAUAUGGAUGCAUAUCUCAAUGCACUAGGGUUCUCAUCCGCAGGUGGGUGUGACUUGACCCAGCAGCAGCAUCUCGGUACUCCCCAAGGCACGCUCGGUGUCCCCAAGGAGGCCGGUGCUCAUGUUGUAGAGGCCGGCGCGCAAGGGAUGACUGAUGGGCUGCGAGCCGUGAACCCGAUGCUGUGGGUGGCAAAUGGCGCCGAGUUGGAGAACUGGAUUGAGAAUAACGAGGCGGUGAUGGGGUUGUUUGAAGGACCGGGCCAGCUGUGA